GUCUAUAAUGGUAAGGUUAUUAGUGAUUAGUACCUAUGAUAGAUACCUAGGUAGGUGGUUAGGUACAUAUUCUCUGUGAGGCUGCAGCCAGGAUGGGAUGCUCGAAGUCCCAGGCUUUUCCUAGAAGAGUGUACAAUAAGCGAGGAGUGAUGGUAUGUUCCGCGUGAGGCUAGCACGGUCUAGUGUAUGUAUGUACAUGUUCGUAGUGUAGCCGAAUGGUCGGUGUGGUUGAUAUAUUUGAAGAACUUGUGGACAGAUGGAUAGAUACUUGAUGAUGAUAUUUUUUUUCCUCUAUGUUACGCUCUGCUUGCCCGUAUUUUCGUUCCCUCUUCAUCGUCGAAGUAUCUUCAUGGUGAGCAAGUGCUUUUGCAUGCGUAGUGUGAUUUCCUCGUUACGGUCCCCCGUCCCAGACGGCUCAUUGCGAAAUAUAUGUAGACCUCUGCCGCAGACGAGAAGAGCAAAAAAGAGAAAGAGGGAGAGAGAGAGGGAUGGACGUGAACCAGGGAAGAUGAACGCUCAAAAGCCGCCCCACCAGCUCCCGGUAUCGUACAAAAAACUAGGAAAGAGAAAAAGUGUUACAAAUCUUACCAUGACGCCGGGACUUUGACCAAAAUUAACUCCUCCAGGUCUAUCCGUUCCUUAGGCACCCCCGU